AUGGUCAAGCACAACAAUGUCAUUCCUAAUGGACAUUUCCACAAGUAUUGGCAAUCCCGAAUCAAAACUUGGUUUGAUCAGGCUUCCAAGAAAAAGACCCGUCGUUUGAGACGUAAAGCUAAGGCUGCUGCCAUUGCUCCUCGUCCUGCCGCUGGUCUGUUGCGUCCUGCUGUGCACUGCCCUACGAUCAAGUAUGGCUCGAAGGUUCGUGCUGGCAAGGGCUUUACGCUCGAAGAGCUAAAAGAGGCGGGUAUUAACCGCAAACAGGCCAUCAGCAUUGGUAUUGCCGUGGACUUUCGUCGCACCAACAAGUCGGUGGAGUCUCUUCAGACCAAUGUGCACCGUCUUAAGGCUUACAAGGCCAAGCUUGUGGUGUUCCCACGCAAGAGCAACAAGGUCAAGAAUGGCGACUCGGCUGUUGACGAGACCAAGAAUGUCGUGCAGCACACGGGUCCGAUCCUUCCAAUCACCCGCUCGAGUGUCAAGUCGACUACGGCUGUUAUCACGCCUGAGAUGAAGGAGAAGAGUGUGUUUGCGCAGUUGCGUGUGGCUCGCGCUGACCAACGCAUUUUCGGUAAGCAGGCCAAGCGUCUGGCUGACAAGAAGGAGGCAAAGAAGUAA